GUGGGGGAGGUCGGGUUUAUUCUGGGCGUGUAUCAGCUCAGGUUUGAAUGGAGACGGAAAUAUGUGAGUUUCUGUGAAGAAAACAGAAAAAAAGAAAAACACGGACGCGAAGUAAAGCCCGCAGGCCAGAGAAGAUUUCACUUCAUCCGCAGCGAUUAAACUCCGACGAGAGGCUUUCACUCGUCUGCAAGAAACUGUCCGUCCUCUCCUCUCCGUCAGCCUCCAAGAUAGAUUCUCUCAGGAGUAAGGUGGAACUGCUGAAGUUGCCGUUGACUCUGUCGUCCAAAUCCAUCUCGGAGCGCAAGACUCAGCUGGGCGGGAACACCGAGCGCUCCAGGGGCGGAGCCGGGGUCCACAAACCCCGCCCACCGGCCCCAGACAUGGACAACGAGUCGCAGUACUCGGGCUACUCCUACAAGUCUUCACAUUCACGCAGCUCUCGCAAGCACAGGGACCGGAGAGACAGGCAUCGCUCUAAGAGCCGAGACAGCAGCAGCAGAGGAGACAAGUCUGUGACCAUCCAGGCCCCUGGAGAGCCGCUGCUGGACGCCGAGUCCACCCGAGGAGAUGACCGGGAUGAUAACUGGGGCGAGACCACCACCGUGGUGACCGGGACGUCCGAGCACAGCGUGUCCAACGAGGACCUGACUCGGGCGUCUAAAGAGCUGGAGGACUCGUCUCCGCUGGAGUGCCGUCGGUUCGCGGGGCCGGUGCUGAGCGGGAUCCUGGGUCUGUUCGCGCUCCUGACGCCGCUGGCCUUCCUCCUGCUGCCUCAGCUGCUGUGGCGCGACUCUCUGGAGCCCUGCGGGACCCCGUGCGAGGGCCUCUACGUCUCGCUGGCCUUCAAGCUGCUGGUGCUGCUGAUCUCGUCCUGGGCCCUGUUCCUGCGGCCGCCCCGGGCCACGCUGCCGCGCUUCUUCGUCUUCCGCUGCCUGCUGAUGGCGCUGGUCUUCCUCUUCGUGGCCUCGUACUGGCUCUUCUACGGCGUCAGGGUCCUGGAGCCCCGGGAGCGAGACUACAGGGGCAUUGUGGGAUACGCCGUGUCUCUGGUGGACGCGCUGCUCUUCAUCCAGUACCUGGCUCUCGUGCUGCUGGAGGUCAGGCACCUCAGACCGGCCUUCUGCCUCAAAGUGGUGCGCACCACCGACGGAGCCAGCCGCUUCUACAAUGUGGGGCACCUCAGUAUCCAGCGAGCGGCCGUGUGGGUUCUGGAUCACUACUACACCGAUUUCCCCGUCUACAACCCUGCUUUACUCAACCUGCCCAAGUCCAUCCUCUCAAAAAAGAUGUCUGGCUUUAAGGUGUACUCGCUGGGAGAAGAGAACAGCACUAAUAACUCGACGGGUCAGUCUCGAGCCAUGAUCGCCGCUGCCGCCCGCAGGCGAGACAACUCUCAUAACGAGUACUACUACGAGGAGGCCGAGAUGGACCGCAGGAUCAGAAAACGCAAGGCCAGACUGGUGGUGGCAGUAGAGGAGGCCUUCACACACAUCAAAAGGCUUCAGGACGACGAGGCGGCGGCGUCGCCCAAACACCCUCGUGAGGUGAUGGACCCUCGAGAGGCGGCCCAGGCCAUCUUCGCCCCCAUGGCCCGAGCCAUGCAGAAGUACCUGCGGACCACGCGCCAGCAGCCCUACCACAGCAUGGAGAGCAUCAUCGCUCACCUGCAGUUCUGCAUCACCCACAACAUGACGCCCAAGGCGUUCCUGGAGCGGUACCUGGCCCCGGGCCCCACCAUGCAGUACCAGCGAGAGAACGGCAGGGGGCGUCAGUGGACCCUGGUGAGCGAGGAGCCCGUGACCUCAGCACUGAGACAAGGCCUGGUCUUCUCCCUCCGCCGCCUCGACUUCUCGCUGGUCGUCACGGUGACGCCCCUCCCCUUCCUCAACCUGGGGGAGGAGUUUAUCGACCCCAAGAGCCACAAGUUCGUGAUGCGGCUCCAGUCAGAGACCUCGGUGUGAGAGAACCACAAGAGACUCAAGGACACAACCACUCUUUUUUGUUUUUUGUCUUUUAGAUAUCACUUUUACCACCGUUUCUAUGUCGUUUUUUUACACUACAUGAACUACUGUCCGGGUGACUCUGGACCGACUAACUCUUGCACGUUUCGUCUGUGAGUAACCUUUCAGGCAUCAGCUCUGAGAAAAACACAAACCACGGGCGGUUUACCAGCAGUUCACCGUAACACUACUCCCGUGCUUCCGCUUCAUAAACGCUACCAGGUCGUAGCGGAGCGAUCAAGUGCUUUAACUCGAGACGAGCGGGAGAAGCAUGCGUCUAACUCUCUGUGUGUCGUGAAUGUUUUUAAGACGUCGUUCUUGUUCUCAUGAAUCGAGGGGCCUUUUAUCGUGUUGAAACGCACCAGCGAGCUCCCUGGGCUUUUUGUAGCGUCUGUCGUACACGACCAAGCAAAUGUGACCUUUUUACUUCGAAUGCGAAGACAUGAAUGUGUGCCAAACGUCCUAAGCGUGCCUGGCGGCGGCGUUCUGGCGGCCGCACACAUAUCCGUUUCUUGCUGAUUAAAGGGCAGCGAGUUAACUAGUCCUCCCCUAAACCAGCCCCGUGGGUCGCUGGAGUUCGUUCUCCUCUCCUUGACCUUUUGUACAGAACUCGUGUCCGUGGGUGAAAGAGGGAUUUGAAAUGAUGUAGGUGGUUAUAAUUUGAGAAGCGCCCGUUGUGUUUUUAGGCCCGGUGCGUAUAGGCCAUGCGCUUUUGUACUCUGGAUUUUUUUUUUUUACUUUUAUCAUUUUUGUAUGGAGGUUAAGCUAAUCUUUUAACGGUUUCCCUUGAAAAAAAAUGGUUUGUUGUAAAGAGAUUUGUAGAUUUUUUUUUUUUUUUUGGUUAUUGUGUGAAGACCUUUUUGGCAAUUCAUAAUUUUAGAACUAAAAAUGUU